UAAUAAGUAAAAGUCCCGUAACGUCCGGUGAGGGGGCAGGACUUCCUCGCUGUUGCUAAGACACUCUUGUUUCGCUCCUUGACAACCCUGGCGGGGGUGCGCUCGCUGAGGCCUUAGCUCCGGCCCCCUCGGGAGCAGCACCCCCUGGGGAAAGACAUUUUCUGCUUCCACCAAGCUGGCAGGGCCUGCUUCCUGAAUCUCCUGGGUGUGUCUUAAUUACCAGUCCCAGCACCUCCUGAAAGCAUCCCUCUCUCCUCCUGGUCACAGUGGAAAUAUCAUGGGAGAAACAGAAGGGAAGAAAGAUGAGGCUGAUUAUAAACGACUGCAGACCUUCCCUCUGGUCAGGCACUCGGACAUGCCAGAGGAGAUGCGAGUGGAGACCAUGGAGCUGUGUGUCACGGCCUGUGAGAAAUUCUCCAACAACAAUGAGAGCGCUGCCAAGAUGAUCAAAGAGACCAUGGACAAGAAGUUCGGCUCCUCCUGGCAUGUGGUGAUCGGCGAAGGCUUCGGCUUUGAGAUCACACACGAGGCCUCUCCCCCAAAAGCUGUUCCCCUGGGAGCGGGGAGCAGCCACGGGCAGGUCCUGACUUCCCAGAGGAAAGCUGGGGUCUUUUCUUCGUUGCCCUGUAUACCGUGUCCUGAGCCGCGCCCCGCGUGUGCAUCCGCAGCCAUCUCACGCUGAGUCCCCGGGUGUGGGGGGGCAGCAGGGGAGGGCUGGGGGGGUGGGGUGUGUGUGACAGGGUCAAAGGAGGGGCGGGGGGUGGCAUUUUUUUCUCACAGGGACCUGCCAAGCCCCCACGCCUUCCCACACCCAGCACUGUGGGCAGGCGUCCGCCCGUUCUCGUCUUGACGGGGCCUGUGUGCAGAUGGCCUCGAGGGAGCCUCUCCUCUUAGGGGGUCACUAGGGGCCCUCUCCUCGUCUUCUGGAGAAGCGGUGACCCCACCCCCAGAAGCCCCUUUUCCCGCCUGGCCCCGGGCUGAACAUGCCACCGCGUCUCGUCCGGCCGACAGCUCCACAACCCCCUGGCUUUGGCAUGAGGACCAAGCAGCCUGCCCCCCGCCCCGUCCCCGGCCCUCCCCCCACCUCGCCUCCACGUGUGCAGUUGGUAACCAGGGGCUGAGGGUGCGGGAACCGCGCCUGCGCGGUUUCUGGAAGUGUCACUGACCUCCGGUGAGACGCCUGGGCCAGGAGCGCCCUCGCCGCGAGGCCUGUUUCAGCAGGGAAACCUGGCCUGCCACUUACUUCUCAUCAGGGACCGCAUGCUGAUUUGUACUUCUUAUCUCUGCUGGGUUUUCUAUAUUCUUUUUGAGUGUGGGGAGAAGGGUUUUAGUAGAAGGGUGAAUCCUAUUUUACACAGCGGUCUUAUUUAUAUAUAAAUGUCUUGGUUUUUACAAUUAAAGUAACCAAAAACGGA